CAAUCACUGAAAAGAAGAGGGAGCAAAGACCUACCAAAGUCAGAAAAAAAGUCACAGCAGACACCAACAGAGGAGGACAAUGAAGACCUGAAAUGCCAGCUACAGUUUGUCAAAGAAGAAGCAGCCUUGAUGAGGAAGAAAAUGGCUAAGAUCGAUAAAGAGAAAGACAGAUUUGAACAUGAGCUGCAAAAAUACAGAUCAUUUUACGGGGAUUUGGACAGUCCCUUGCCAAAAGGUGAAGCAGGCGGGCCACCUACCACAAGAGAAGCUGAACUCAAGCUUCGAUUGAGACUCGUGGAGGAGGAAGCUAAUAUUCUUGGGAGGAAAAUAGUGGAACUAGAAGUAGAAAAUAGAGGACUGAAAGCAGAGCUUGAUGAUUUAAGAGGAGACGAUUUCUCAGGGACCGCUAACCCACUCCUGGGAGAGCAGAGUGAAUCCCUGUCAGAAUUACGACAGCAUUUGCAGCUAGUAGAAGAUGAAACAGAAUUGCUGAGGAGAAAUUUGGCUGACUUGGAAGAGCAAAACAAACGCAUAACAGCUGAGCUGAACAAAUACAAGUACAAGUCUGGGGCCCACGAGAGCUCUAGGCACCACGAUAAUGCCAAGACCGAAGCGUUACAGGAGGAGCUGAAAGCUGCACGGAUGCAGAUCAACGAACUGAGUGGCAAAGUCAUGCAGCUCCAGUAUGAGAACAGAGUCUUAAUGUCCAACAUGCAGCGCUAUGACCUGGCCUCUCAUCUUGGGAUCCGGGGCAGUCCCAGGGACAGCGACGCAGAAAGCGACGCGGGGAAAAAAGAGAGCGAUGACGAUUCCCGCCCCCCUCACCGCAAAAGGGAAGGCCCCAUUGGCGGGGAGAGCGACUCCGAAGAGGUUCGCAACAUUCGGUGCCUGACACCCACGAGGUCUUUUUAUCCCACGCCGUCUGGGUGGCAGAAGAGCUUCACUGACAGGCAGCAGAUGAAGGACAUUCGCUCUGAAGCGGAGCGGCUGGGCAAGACUAUAGAUCGCUUGAUUUCUGACACGAGCACCAUCAUAACAGAGGCGAGAAUUUACGUAGCUAACGGGGACCUCUUUGGGUUGAUGGAUGAGGAAGACGAUGGCAGCAGGAUACGUGAGCAUGAGCUUCUUUACCGGAUCAAUGCACAGAUGAAGGCCUUCAGGAAAGAGCUCCAGGCUUUCAUCGACAGACUCGAAGUUCCAAAGUCUUCGGAUGAUCGAAGCGCAGAUGAACCUUUGUCAAAAGUCACAGACGCAAUAAGAAGUGCAAGAGACAUAGUUUCUGUAAUAACCACUGCUGUAAAAACACUGAAGACUACUUGUUUGCCAAAACCAAAACAAAACCAAAAAAACUGA